AUGGAGAACCUUGAAGGUCAAAACCAGCACAUUGAACUGGUCAAAAAUCAGGAUACAAUGCUUGCUAUUUCAAAGAGCUCCUUCAAUGCAACAAUAAAUGCCUGCCGCUCUAAAGGUUAUGUCACCAUUAUGGAAGAUGACAAUGCUGAAAACGACAAUGCGGAAAAUGACAAUGUCCUCGUAACAGCUGAAGAUAAAAAGCUAGUAAAUGAAGAAGAGGUGGGUGGAGAACCAAACGAGAUUUUUGUGCCAGUGCAGAUCACAGACCGAAUCUUUUUUCUUGAUUUAGCCAAUAAAAAACUCACAAGCAUCCCAGAGCAGGUGUUUGCACUAGAAGACCUGGAAGAAGUACAUUUGGAGAGAAAUAUGAUCAAGGACAUCCCAGAAAGUAUCUAUCAGCUGAAGAAUGUGAAAGUUCUUUAUCUGAAUAAGAACCACAUCCAAAACGUAUGUGAGCAACUUGGUGAGCUGAAAUGUCUUCAGAGUUUGGAUUUGAGCAGUAACCCUCUCUUCUGCAGUUCACUGAAUAUCAUCAGUAAAUUGAGGGCACUGUGUCAGCUCAGAUUAUAUGAUGUCAACCUGAAUGAUUUUCCAGUGGAAAUCUGCAAACACCUCCACCAUCUGGAGUUGCUUGGACUCUCAACAAAUAAUCUAAGUUGCCUUCCAAAAGAAAUACUCAAUUUGACCAAACUGAAAGAAAUUUAUCUAAAGGGAAAUCGAUUUGAGAAUUUCCCCACAGAACUUUGCCACCUGUAUAAUUUGGAGAUCAUUGACCUAGAAAAAAAUACUCUGAGUCUUAUUCCUGAAGAGAUUUGCUCCUUGGAAAAUUUAACCCAAUUCUUCAUUGCGUACAACAACCUGACAGCUGUGCCUGAUACUCUAAGUAAGUGCUCAAAGCUAGCUGUACUUGAUUUGUCCUGUAACCUUCUGCACAAACUUCCUCGAAGCUUGAAGGAACUAAUAGAAAUGAAGGAAUUUGGGUUGUCUGGGAAUGCCCUGGCAAGUUUUCCACGCCAGAUUCGCCGCUGGAAGUCACUGAUAACGGUUUACAUGAAAAACUGCGGAUUGCAGAUAGUGCAUCCUUCUUUUGCCAAGCUAACCGGUAUGAUUUUAUUAGAUCUCAGUGAAAAUUUCCUGGAGGAAUUUCCAAGAGAGAUUUGUGCCAUGGAACAUCUGGAGGUGCUCUGCCUGGAUGACAACCUGAUAGAUGAGGUACCUCCACAGGUGUACAGACUUUCUCAGCUAAAAUGUCUCAGUCUGACCAGCAACAAGUUCUCCUGCUUCCCUGAAGAAGUAUUUCUUGUUCAAUCACUUGAGAGACUGUACAUGGGGCAAGACAAUGGAAUCAAACUUACUGAGUUGCCGGAAAACAUCAGGCAGUUACAGAACCUGAAAGAAUUGUAUCUUGAGAACAACUGUUUUGAGUAUCUUCCACCCUCCAUAGGCUUACUGAACAACCUGGAAGUACUUGACUGCCACAAUAAUUUUCUUAUCGAGCUGCCCGACUCCAUAUGCAAUCUGCAAGGCCUGCAGAAACUGCUAGUUCAUAACAAUCAGUUAUUUCAAGUCCCAGAGAAACUGGAUAGUCUAGAGAAACUGCAGGUUAUUUCACUCGAAGGAAACCCGAUGAUGGACCCACCGGUAGAAGUGUUUCAGCAAGGGCUGCCAGCCAUAUGGAAGUACUUACAAUAUGCACGACACCGGAAAAAACUGGUCAUAAAGAUCCAAGCGUGUUGGCGUGGUCUCAUGGUGCGCAAAGGGCUUGGAGCGUUUGCAGAGGUGCUGAAAAUGAUCAAGAAAGUCAAGAAAGAGAAGAAAGAGAAGAAAGGCAAAGAGAAAGACAAAGGAAAGGGGAAAGAUAAGGGAAAGGGCAAGGGCAAGAAAAAAUAA